GGAGAGUGCAAUUCUUUAAUCAUUUUUUAUUGUAGGUCUGGAAAUGGCUCGAACAACCUUGAUACUCAAAUUGUUGCAUCCUUGAAGGAUAUGAUCGACGAGAACAACAUCCUUGCUCAGUCGUAUAGAGCUGCCCGUGAUCGAUUUUCGAGAGAAGGCCUGCAAGGUGUUAAGCUAAAGCUGGUUAAGAGUCGUAGCACCGAUGGGAGGACUUACAAUCUCCCUAAUGCAAGUGAGAUUGCAGCGUUGAUAGUUGGAGAUUUUGACACGCAAGAGGGUGUUAGAGACAUUGUGGUUGAGACUCAGUCCAAGAAGCUGCAACGCAUUAGUGAGUUGCACCCAUUGUACCUACCGUUCCAGUAUCCGCUCAUAUUUCCUUACGGGGAAGAUGGAUAUAGAGAGGAUAUUGGUUUGAGAGACUCUUUUCGAGGUAACAGUGGAAAACGAAAAAACUUAACCAUGCGAGAAUACUUUGCUUACCGUUUCCAAAAAAGAAGCAUCGACAGUCCAGUACUGCUGAAUUCAAAAAAGUUGUUCCAACAGCUUGGAGUGGACGCGUAUUCUAUGAUUGAGUCUCAAAGGUUGAAUUUUAUUAGGCACAACCAGGAUCAGUUGCGUGUGGACAUGUACAAAGGCAUUGAAGAACGUUUUUUCAAAGGGGACACUGAAGGAACAUCAGUUGGAAAGCGCGUAAUUCUGCCAGGUUCUUUCAUUCCCGGACCUCGGUACAUGUUCAACAAUUUUGUCGACGCACUUCAAAUUUGUAACUGGAUUGGUUUUCCAUCAUUGUUCAUUACUAUUACAUGCAAUCCACAAUGGCCUGAAAUACAAAGGGUCCUCAAUGACACAAGUCUCAGACCGGAGGAUCGUCCUGAUAUUCUAUGUCGCGUAUUCAAAAUGAAGCUGGACAGUUUGAUGACGGAUUUCAAGAAGGGACAUAUAUUCGGACGAAUUAGAGCACGUAAGUCAAUAAACGAUGCCAAACCUAAGUGCUCCGCCGACAUCGAUAGGAUGAUAUGUGCAGAAAUUCCGGACAAAAAAACCGACAGAAAGAUGUACAACUUGGUUGAGAAAUACAUGAUACACGGCCCGUGCGGCCAUGCGAAUUUGAAUUCACCUUGCAUGAAGGAUGGCGUUUGCACGAAGAGGUUUCCAAAAAAGUUUGUACAGCGAACCGAGGCCGACCCUGAUGGUUAUCCGGUAUAUAGGAGAAGGGAUGAUGGAAGAACAGUUAGGAAGAAGAAUACUAUUCUUGAUAACGGAUUUGUGGUUCCCUACAACCGUGUGUUAUUGAGUAAAUACCGAGCCCACAUCAAUAUCGAGUUGUGCAACCAGAGCAAGUCAAUAAAGUAUCUGUUCAAGUACGUCAACAAGGGACACGAUCGUGUCACGGCAACAUUUUUCCAACCUACGUCUACGGACGCCGGUCCUGCUGUUCGUGAUGAAAUCAAAAUGUAUUAUGACUGCAGAUAUUUGUCUGCGUGCGAGGCAAUGUGGAGGAUAUUUGCAUUUGAGAUACAUUACCGAGAUCCACCCGUCAUUAGGUUGAGCUUCCAUCUCCCCGACAAUCAACCGUUGGUAUUCAAUGAGAACCAAUCAUUAAAGAGUGUCUUGGAAAGGCCAACCGCGAGGCAAACCAUGUUCUUGGCAUGGUUCGAGGCGAACAAGACCUACCCACCAGCUAGGGAGUUACGAGGGUGCAAAAGUUACGAAGACAUCAGAACGGUGGGUGGCAUUGUUUAUGCGACGUUUAGGGAUGCGUGCUAUAUGUUGGGGCUGUUGGAAGAUGACAAGGAGUACAUUGGUGCAAUUAGAGAGGCAUACGGUUGGGCAAACGGACACUUCCUCAGAUUGUUGUUCGCUGUUAUGUUGCUUUCUAAUAGUUUGAGCAGACCGGAACAUGUUUGGGAGAAAUGUUGGUCCAAUUUGUCUGAUGAUAUUACAUACAAGCACCAGAAACGUCAUAAUAAUCCAGAUUUGACUCUAUCGGAUGAUAGUUUGAAGAACUACGCGUUGAUAGAAAUCGAGAAGAUCCUACAGAGCAACGGCAAGAGCUUGCGGAAUUUUGACUCUAUGCCGAUGCCACUAGAUUCGUCGAUGGAUGACACGGAGAACCGAUUAGUGCUCGAUGAGUUGGACUACGAUGUAUUUGCGAUGGCUGAAGAACUGAAACAAUAUCUUUCUUCUAUCACAGAUGAGCAGAGAAGGGUCUACGAUGCCAUCAUGGAUGCUGUGUCGAAGAAUUGUGGCGGGAUGUACUUCCUCUACGGUCACGGAGGUACCGGAAAGACAUUUAUAUGGAGAACGUUGUCUGCUGCUGUCCGUUCGAAGGGGGAAAUAGUUCUUAAUGUUGCUUCGAGUGGCAUAGCAUCGUUGCUGCUUCCCGGUGGCCGAACCGCUCAUUCUAGAUUUGGACUCCCUAUCAUUGUGCACGAUGGUUCCACCUGCAGCAUUACACAGCAGAGUCCACAAGCAGAAUUGCUUAUAAAGGCGAGGCUCAUUAUAUGGGACGAGGCACCGAUGAUGCAUAGAUAUUGUUUCGAAGCGCUUGACAAGACCUUGCGAUCUAUCACGCAUGUUCCCAAACCAUUCGGUGGCAAGGUUGUCGUUCUUGGCGGAGACUUUAGACAGAUUUUACCUGUUGUACUGAAGGCAUCAAGGCAGGACAUUGUUCACGCUACGAUCAACUCAUCUCAGCUUUGGGAAGAAUGUAAGGUUCUUAAGUUGCAUACGAAUAUGAGGCUUCAAUCAAGUUCUAAUCCAUCGGAAGUUGAAGAAGUAAAGGAGUUUGCUAAUUGGAUACUGAGUAUCGGUAAUGGGGAGGCGGGAGAGCAAAACGAUGGUGAAGCGUCUGUUGAGAUUCCCGAGGACAUGCUAAUUCCCGAUUCCGAAGAUCCAUUAUUGGAGUUGUUGCAGUUUGUAUAUCCGAAUUUGUUGAGUAACAUAUCAAAUCCCGAUUACUUCCAAGGGAGGGCGGUGCUUGCGCCGACUAAUGACUGCGUUGAGUUUGUCAACGAAUACUUAUGUUCCCUCAUUCCCGGCGAAGAGAAGUUGUACCUAAGUGCGGAUAGUAUGUGCAAGGAUGAGAUGAGUUCGGAAGAGAAUGCUCAAAUUUAUACGACCGAAUUCCUCAACACCGUGUCUUGCUCCGGUCUCCCUUCACAUAGGCUGAAACUCAAGGAAAAUGUUCCUGUUAUGCUCAUACGAAACAUCGACCAGGCGAGAGGCCUUUGCAAUGGAACCAGACUUCAAGUUGUUAGAAUGGGAACUCAUGUUCUUAGCUGCAAGGUUCUAUCCGGCAAAAAUACCGGUGAUGUUGUUUUCAUUCCUCGGAUGACGUUGGUCCCGUCGAACUCUACUCUGCCAAUUAAGUUCCAGAGGCGACAAUUUCCACUGAUGAUUUCCUUUGCAAUGACCAUCAACAAGAGUCAGGGUCAAACACUUUCCCACGUUGGUUUGUAUCUACCCAGACCUGUAUUCAGCCACGGUCAGUUGUACGUUGCACUCUCGAGAGUCAAGAGUAGAUCUGGCAUAAAGAUCCUUAUCAAGUCCGAAUCCGGUGGGUUGUCGAGUUCAACUAGCAACGUUGUUUACAAAGAAGUAUUUCAGCGCAUAUGA